UCCAAGACGUCAGAGGUUUCAGUUCAUCUCUCCAUCCAACAACAUGAAGCAACAUCCAAUCGUCACCAGUUCAAUGUCCAUGGUUGUCCUCGUGGGUCUUUUAUCAUCUCAAGGGGGCGUCCUCGCCAACUCAUUUCGAGGCAGCUUAUUCACGCCACUCAAAAACGAUGAACACCCCUGUGUGGCUGAGAAUCUCAAGGAAUCUCACCGUUACUUGUGCGAUGACGACGCCAAUGUGAUCUGCUUGUCCGGAUGGCGAGAACAGGAGGAUGAGCAGCUCCAGGAUCUUCGGAAUCCGUGCCCGAUCCCAGUUUGCGACUACAACGGGGAGACGUGCCUCCACGGCGAAUGCGUAAGACCCAACGUGUGCGCCUGCAAAGUCGGAUGGGAAGGUCAUUUGUGCGACACUUGCAUUCCUCUGCCCGGAUGCGUUCAUGGAUCUUGCAACAGUUCGUUCGAGUGCAACUGUGCGGCCAAUGCCAAGGGCGUUCAAUUAUGGGAGGGAGCUUUUUGUGAUAAACCUGCUUGCGCCAACUGUGAUGCCCGACAUGGACAAUGCUUCGAGCCAUUGGUGUGCACCUGUCACGAUGGUUGGGAAGGCGACGAGUGCAAGACUUGUAUCAAGCUUCCGGGAUGCUUGAAUGGAGAUUGCGAGGAUGGCCGACCCAACACUUGCCAAUGUCACGAUGGCUGGACCGGCCAUCUCUGUGACGAACCCAUUUGUAGCGAAGGCUGCCACGAGCACAACGGAUAUUGCGAAGAGCCUUUCACAUGCUUGUGCAAAACCGGUUGGGAAGGCGAUCUCUGUGGUCAAUGUGUGCCCUAUUGGCAAUGCCCAACUGCUGGAACCUGUGUGGAACCGAAUCAAUGCAUCUGUGCCGAGAGUGUGGAAGACAACGGAUAUUGCAACCGAGACAUCAUUAAUGGCGAUCGCUACGAGGAUUUCGGAGCGUGCAGCAACCCUUGUCGUCAGAACAGUGCUGUGGCCAUCUCCAAGGCCGGAACGCGGACCAGGAAAUGCCGAUGGUCGCCAGAUGGUCCUUGUCAAGAUAUUGAAGAGCCCUGUUAUGGCAAUCACACCUGGAUCCUGUCCACUUCCAGUCGAUCCAAUGCCCAGCGGUGCAUUUACAAUCCCGGCAAUGGCGACGAGAUCUUCGAACAAGAGGCGGAAGAGGUCACACAAGCCGAGACCGCUGAGGGCAAUCCCUAAACUGAAUGGACUUCUCGAUUCCAUGGAUGUUCCACCGAUGAUGAAUUGUUCCCUCCAACAGCCCUUUCUACCUUGCUUAGAUCGAUGAUUAGCUUUGAGCCUCCCUUCGAAAUUUCGAGAUUGGACACGCAAUCCAGGUUUUCCGACAUCAUUUUAUUAUCAUUGUCACAUUCAGUGUUUGUUCCGAUUAUUAACAGCAAUAUAGAGCAUAUGUGUGUAUUAUA